UUCAACGUCGUGCAGACGUACUUGUUUAGGUUGCACCGCAAAUUUACAUAUUGAAAAUCAACAAAUUUUUCAAGAUAAAAAAACCACAAAAAUUAACGAAAUCAAGAAGUGGUGUACUUAAUGAAAUUACAGACAAUUAAGACUUUCAGGCCAAGUAAAUUAUUUGCAAAAGGGGGCAAUUGUCACCAAAUGGACUGAUUCGAGUCCAAGCCAAGUAUAGCAGCAAUCGUCAGAUUUACCUCUAAAAGCAAUAAGCCUGUCUAACAAAACAGAGCUACCGAAAUAUUCCUGUUGAUCUGGUAUACCCUUUGGAAGCUGCUGGGAAAUAUUCAUACAAAUAUACUUGUUGUUUGUGGAAUAUUUAGCGACGGGAAUUGGUCGAACGCCCACAUACGUAUUGGCUCUGGUUGGUGUGUUGAUACGAACUGCGGACUGAAAGCGUUUGAAGCGUUCAGUGUUAGAUCGAAAACAGUAGUAGAAAGAAACGGUCCAGUUCAUAAGAGCGCUUAAGUUAAUAUCUACAGAGAAGUGUAUCUUUCACAUUGCUGCAGCCAGGGGAAGACAUGGAAAUUGACCCAUCUCCUGUACCACCACCUCAGGAGUACUCAGAUAAUCCCAGCGUGCCUUACCAGUCAGAGUCUUCAAUGAACUUUGACUAUUUACACGGUUUGCACGCCGACACUUCCAUGGAUUCCAGCAGCAGAGUUGAUGUUGGAUCUCACCGGCAUUUCGCGGGCAUUGGCGUUGGCUCUUCCAACUUUGGAGGCGGCCAUGUCGACGAUAGAGUGGUAGACAGACCUUUCAAUCUUAAUGAAAGAUUCGUUACAGUAUUGGACCAGCUUGAUUCUCGGGUCGAAAAGUUUCGAAAAGAUGCCCUCGGUCUUCAAGAGAAACGUGACUUUCUUCUUAUGUCCAUUGAUCUGAUAAAAAGCAACGACUUGAUGCAUACUUUAUCUGAAUCCGAACGAGAAGAAAUCGGAUGCUACAUUCAACGUGUCAAUUCGCGCCUGUCCACAGUUGAGCUGCAUGUGCGCACUGUACGUGAUCAGUCUCAGGAAGAUUCUCUAAGUCAAAUAAAUGCUCUCAUCGAUAUGAUGAUAACUCUGGGCGAUCCUACUUUGUCGCGCCAACGGUGUCAGAUGUAUUUGAAUGCCUGUUGCAGUGCAGGCGAGACUGGAAAUUUACCAACAUUCAGCGAGGAGGCCAUCGAUAUGGACGCCGGCCCGGUUGACAAGAAAUUCGAAAGUGUGCUGCUUGGGUGCACUCUAGACGAUCAAAAGAACAUCAAGAAACGCUUACAGGCUCUGAUGGGUUAUCUAAAUAAACAAAUUAUACACCAUUGAAGCCGGACGGGUUCUGAGUUAGUCAUCAUUAUAAUAGUUUCGUAUUUUUUACUCUUACAACAAAAUGGUUAGGCCAGAUAUCAUAAUAGAGGCGUUUCGGAGUCAUCAUCGUAUUAUCUGCCACAGAAUCCAGGGCGUCCGUAGCGGCAUAAUUGCCGCUGAAUACAAAUUUACAUUUACAUUUACAGUAGCCAAUAAGAAUUUCGUUUUAGCUUUUACGAGUUUGGUUAAUUCAUCCUAAAUUUGAAUUCCCACUUAUUAAAUAAAUUAAAUUAUUUGUUAUUUUUCUUUUAUACAUACAACAAGCUUGGAAUGUCAACUGAUUUUAUGUAUUUAAUGAAAUGCGAUUAAUGGUAAAUAAAUAAAACCAUCCAAUGAGUACUGCGUCUGAAA